UUCGGUAGUGCUACAAUGUCUUCCUCUGAUUCGCCUGAGAUUUCAAAGCUUGAGAUCAUCGACGGUGAUUAUGUUCUUGAAGAUGUUCCUCACUUAUCAGAUUACAUUCCUGAUCUUCCAACUUAUCCCAACCCGUUACAAGACAAUCCGGCUUACUCAGUUGUUAAGCAAUACUUUGUUCAUGUAGAUGAUAGCGUCCCUCAGAAGGUUGUUGUUCACAAGGAUGGCCCAAGAGGAAUUCAUUUCCGACGAGCUGGAGCACGUCAAAAGGUAUAUUUUCAACCUGACGACGUUCAUGCCUGUAUCGUCACGUGUGGUGGCCUUUGCCCUGGACUCAACACUGUGGUUAGAGAGAUAGUAUGCGGCUUGCACCACAUGUAUGGUGUCAAGAAAGUUUUGGGGAUCGAUGGAGGAUUCAAGGGGUUUUAUGCAAAAAAUACAGAGUUAGAUCUCAAGGGAGGAUACAAGGGAUUUUAUGCUAAAAACACGGUGUAUCUAAAUCCCAAGGUUGUCAAUGACAUUCACAAACGGGGUGGAACAAUCCUUGGUACAUCACGAGGUGGGCAUGAUACAACAAAGAUAGUUGACAGCAUUCAGGAUCGUGGAAUUAAUCAGGUUUAUAUUAUUGGAGGAGAUGGAACUCAGAGAGGUGCAGCUCUUAUAUUUGAGGAAAUUAGAAGGCGUGGUCUCAAAGUUUCGGUAGCCGGAAUCCCUAAAACCAUUGACAAUGACAUUCCGGUAAUCGACAAGUCGUUUGGCUUCGACACUGCAGUUGAGGAGGCUCAACGUGCCAUUAACGCUGCUCAUGUUGAAGCUGAAAGUUCCGACAACUGUAUCGGUCUUGUGAAGGUGAUGGGUCGUUACAGCGGUUUUAUUGCAAUGCAUGCGACUCUUGCAAACCGAGAUGUAGACUGUUGCUUGAUCCCAGAGUCACCAUUUUAUCUUGAAGGAUCCGGAGGGCUUUUUGAAUACAUAGAGAAACGACUUAAAGAAAAUGGUCACAUAGUUAUUGUGAUUGCAGAAGGUGCAGGCCAGGAGCUACUUUCCGAGAGCAUUCAAUCCAUGACAGAUGCUUCGGGGAACAAGCUUCUCCAAGAUGUUGGGCUAUGGCUAUCACAGAGGAUCAAGGAGUACUUUUCAAAACAAAGGAAGAUGCCCAUAAACCUCAAAUACAUAGAUCCUACGUAUAUGAUUCGUGCUGUUCCGAGCAAUGCAUCUGAUAAUGUUUACUGUACACUUCUCGCUCAAAGUGCUGUCCAUGGAACAAUGGCGGGAUACACUGGCUUCACAUGCGGUCUUGUCCAUGGAAGGCACACAUACAUACCAUUCAACCGAAUUACCGAGAAACAAAAUAAGGUUGUGAUUACGGAUAGGAUGUGGGCAAGGCUUCUUUCAUCAACAAAUCAACCAAGUUUUUUGAGUGCUAAGGAUAUCGUCGAAGACAAAACCGAUGCAGGACAAUAA